UUCCUUCAUCACCAUGAUGAUAAGUCCCACGCUUUGUAGGAUCAUUUGUCCUUUAAUCGUAUAAUUUAACAAAGCUUAUUUCAUUCAAUCAUUAUAAUAUAUGAAACCACAAACAAAUACUGUACUAAUUGAAUAAUUAUUUUUUUAUUUUUAUUUUUUUUGACAGUGAAUAAUUAAUUAAAAUUUGCCUCUAUAUAACAACAAUUCUACAGAUAUACCUCUAACCCAGUAUGGAAAAUCCUCGAAAUCUGUCAAACGCUGUCGGAUUUUGCCUCCUUCCUUUAGAACUCAUACAACACAUACUCCUCUAUUUGACUUUACCUGAAAUCUUUGCUCUAAAAUCUCUUAACAAAUCAUUUUCCGACUUAAUCUCCGAUCAAGUUUUUGUACAGGAUUACAAUUCUCGAUCGAAGUCAACCAAUUGGCUUUUCGUCUACAAGAAACGGUGGCAUCGCGACUCUGUGCUUCAUGGCUUUUCUGAUAACUCCGAUCGUUGGUUCAAAUUACAAAUCGCUAAUUUAUUAAAACCCGUAAUUUCUUCCGGCGGGAAUAUUUAUUUUUUGGCGUCAAGUGGUAAUUUUUUUCUGUUUUCCUCCAACACUCACAAGGAAGUUAUUGCCGUUAAUUUGGUUACCAAGACGGUUAAAAGGAUACCUCCAAGCCCAUUGGGUCCACGCGGCACGUCUUCCUGGAGAAGAUCCGGAAUGAAAUUAGUUUCCGGGUCGGAUAACUUCCGUUUCUUGUUCACUGAGUUGGUCGAUAACGAGCCGGUUUUGUUCGUGUACGCAUCAGAAACUAACACGUGGCUGUCUGUGAAAGCAAGAGGAGAUUCUGGUAGUUUUCCACGCGGCAAUCAAAGAGAGAGUGAUUACAUAUUUCUCAACGUAGUCAACGGGCCUUAUGAAAGCCUCGUAGUAGCCGUGAGCUUGAAAUCUGGCGCCCAACCGAUAGUUGUACGGCCGAGAUUUUACAGAGAAAGAGAGGAAGAGCAGCAGCAAUUAACGGUCGGAUUUAGCUGGGGGAAUGUGAUUGAUCGGUUGUACGUAUACGGUGAUGGACACAUGUUGAUCAUAAAAUCGAACGGUGUUGGAGAUGCGGACACAGGAGCGAGGAUGUUAAACGGGAUAGAGUUAUGGGGCUUGGGCUUAAAUGGCAGGCAAUGGGAGUAUAAUUCAGAGGUCCCAUGUAAACUAAUGGAGCAAAUUAAGAAGCCUUAUAGAGUAAUAAUGGGGUGUUUAGAAAGAAGGGAAGGGGUAAUUAGGGCAGUUUUGUUGUCUAAUUUUGAGGGAUUAUGGGACAUAAUUUGGGUAUGUUAUGAUACAGGCAGGUGCAGUUGGAAUUGGAUUCCUGUCCCUGGUUGCAAAAUGAAGGGCCUCAAUAUGGCUGGAAUUGCAUUUUCAUCUGGCCUUACUUUAUAAGUGUGUAUAUUAACUUUUGUGAAAUAUAAUAAAAGUGACUCAUACUGGCAUUAUC